UGGGUCAGUGCCUUUGCAUGGUCAAGGUGGGUUUCGCUAUCAAGGCUAUGUGACAGGCGGCAGUCAAUAAUUUGUAUUCUGUUUGUUUGUUUCCCUUUUGUCUUUUACCUCAGUUGAGAGUGUAGAACACAAUGACACCACGAUGUGUAUAUUUAUAAUUUAGAUUUCUCAAAAGAAAUGAGGAAGGGAAGGAAGCAAAAUAGUAUCGGAUCUAACGUGACUGAAAAUGGAAAGGUAAAGAAACAAGAGCAUGAGUCCCAGAAGAGGCAGAAGCUGGUGCAGAUCCACCAGGCUCUGAACAGCGACCCCGUGGACAUAGAGAGCCUGCGCAGGGCAGCUGUUAGUGAAGGUGGGCUGCUUACCGAUGAGAUCAGGAGGAAAGUCUGGCCCAAGCUGCUCAGUAUCAAUGUCUACAACCUGCCGGCCAAGCCAGCCAAAGAUGUCCGUGAAAGCCACAAGGAUUACAACCAGGUGCUCAUGGAUGUCAGGAGGUCUAUGCGCCGCUUUCCCACAGGGAUGCGCGUGGAGCAGAGGGAGGUGCUCCAGGAGCAGCUCAUAGAUAUCAUCCUGGAUGUCCUGCGGAGGAACCCCCAGCUGCACUACUACCAAGGCUACCACGACAUUGUCGUGACCUUCCUGCUGGUGGUGGGAGAGAGGAUGUCUAUAGCCAUGGUGGAGACCCUGUCCAAGCACCACCUCAGGGACUUUAUGGACCCAACCAUGGACAGCACUAAACACAUCCUGAAUUACCUGAUGCCCAUUCUGGAGCAGGUAGACCCAGAGCUGCACAGCUUCAUGCUGAGGGCAGAAGUGGGCACCAUCUUUGCGCUCAGCUGGCUGAUCACGUGGUACGGCCACGUGCUCUCGGAGUUCCGGCAUGUUCUCCGACUCUAUGACUUCUUCCUGGCUUCCCACCCCCUGAUGGCCAUUUACUUCGCUGCUGUGAUCGUCCUGCACCGGCAGGAGCAGGUGCUGAGCUGUGACUGCGACAUGGCCAGCGUGCACCACCUGCUUUCCAGCAUCCCGCAGAACCUGCCCUACGAGGAACUCAUCGGCCGUGCCCAGGAACUCUUUUCGCUGUACCCGCCUGCACUACUGGCCCGCCGGGCUGCCCUGCAGUCCCGCCACAGCAUCACCCUUAACUGCUUCGAGGGCUUCCAGUUGGCCACCCUCCACCAGCGGCCAGACGCCAUCCUGCGUCAGCAGCUCCACCAGCGUGACCCUGCCCUGGCCCCGCCCCCUGAUGUGGCCACGCCUUCUGGGAGCAGCCCGCUGUUAAAGGCAGCCGUGUGGGGCAUCUCCGCCACCCUUGGAGCCGCUGCUCUGGCCGUGGCACAGACUGCGCUGGAGUGGGCGCCGGAGUUCCUACUGCAGCUCUUCUGAACUACUCUGCCCCCCCCCUCCCGUAAUGGUGGGGGAAAGCGGGGGAGGGACGUUUGUCUACACGGUAGCUAUUGUGGAACUCUCCUCUGCCGGUAUUACUGGGGAGGGCGUGCGAGCCUCUUUUUGUGACGAUAAGCAUUUUGAGCGCUGGUCUGUCAGCAGGACGUUGGGGGAGUGUGCAAACUGCUGAUCAGCCCGUCUAACACAGAGCAGGGACUUAUUAACCGUUUCUUCUCUUUUUUUUGCCGCGAAAGCGAAAGUCAGGAGACGCUGGAUAUGGUGUCGGAAACAGGAGUGGUAAUGUCUGGGGGGGGGGCGGGCUCUGGUUUGUAGGGAUUCCGAGUGACCUGGGGGGAGUCAGUCAUGGUGUAGAGGGGGCUGGGGGGCAAUGAUGCCGCGAAGGGGGGCGUGUCCCUAACAACUCGGAGGAAUGGGUGACCGGAGAAUAAGGGUGGGGGGGGGGGAGUUUCUGGCAAAGCUGUGUCCCCCCACCGGGUAAAUCCUGCUUCCGUUACAGUGUCGGAAGGCCUUGCGCUUUCGGCUGUACUGUACAUCCACACAAGAUCUGAAAGUUUACUGAUCUCUUCAGUAUACAUGUUAACAUUUUAGAGGUUGUGUACGCCCCCCCCCCGGGCCUGGAGAUCAGCAGGACGGUUAGUCCUAUGCCAGUUUCACAAGCACAAAAAAAGUUAAUUCAGUGGUUGGCAUGCACCCCCCACCCCCAUCGUGCCAGCCUGGGCGGAGUGACAUCCCUGCCCUGCUCUCUGCAUUCGUUCAUUUUAAAAGUGCCACAUCGUUUUUGGUGUCACCGAGCUUCAGGUGGCUGCCCCGUUUCUGACUCAUUGUUGUUAUAUAUUACUGGAGGGAAAUCGCACCUAAAUAUUAAUUCAUGCCUGGAAUUCAUGACCCUCAGCUAAAUAUUCUAAUAUCUGCCAUGUUCUAGGAUGGGGCUGUAAUUUUUUAGUCUUGUGAAUGACGUUCUGGCUGCGUAGUAAUCUCACAAAUGGCGUGUGACUGCAGCCUGUAACUAACUUUCCCCCAGAUGUGAAACAAGCGCCUCUCCUUUAGAUUUCCGGGCGUCUUAUUUGCAUAAGUGGCGGGAAGUGAAGGCGGAGCUUCUCGCUUCAGGACCAGGCUUAUGAGGCCUGCUGGGUCUGCUAAAUCCAGCCAGGUUGGAGGUGUUUGGCGUGCGACUACAGAAACAUGAAUGUCUCGAUUACCGUGGUCCACGGAUUUAAACAGACGCUCACGGGGAAGCCGGUUACGGCUACAGCUGUGUUCGUUUCAGCGUGCGGCUCCUUCCACUGGGAAUCGGCCCCGAUCCUCGAUCCUGGGGACCGCAGGACAGAAGUCAGUGUGUCUGUCAGACGCUUUUCGUUCCCUUUGGACCAGGAGCGCAGGAAGACUGCAGGAAGGUUGCAGUAAUUCUCUGAAUUCUGUUUAGAGAUUAUGAUAAUUAAGGAGAAUUUAAAGUUAUUAAUAUUUUAAAACGUAAGGGCAUUAAGGAAAUCAUUUUUAAGAUUUUGUGGAUCUUUGUACUGAUCUCUCACAGGGAGCCACAUUUUAGGAGGAUGUUGUUUAGUGCAACGUCUGGCCUAGAGCUGUGUAUGUAUGGGGGGGUGUCACCACAGUGCUGGGAUCCAUGGAGGGGGGGGGGGUUCCUUUGUGGGGACCAGAACUCAGGGUGGGUCACAGCUACAGAGCCAGCUCCCGGUGAGCCCCUGCUGCUUUGAACAGCGCCGGUUGAGCGCCACCAACAGGUAGCUAUGUUAAAGUGCGGGCUGAUCUUCAGAUAACCGGCAGGGGCUCUCUGAUCCCGAGAGGAACAUUCCAGAUUGGAAGCUUUGGACUGUCAUAGCGCCUACUGCUUUGUGCACUUCACUCCAACAGUCUUGAGGAUCGGGGGUGGUGCCCCGUCCCCAGUCGGCCAUCUCAGACGGUGCACGGCUCCUUUGUGUCUCUCUCGUGUCAAACAUCUUGUGAUUUUUUUUCUUUUCAUAAGCGGCAGUAUGUAGCUCUAUGCUACCAUGCUAGCAGGGGCUUGGCCUCUUCGGAAACGGUACCAGAUUGGCGUCUCGUUUAUUUUUGUACAUGUUAACGAAGAAUAAAUAAACUUUGAGAGGGAAAACCGAAAA